AAAGAAUAUAAAUUUUUUACAAAAAAUAAAAAAUUUACCACGCGCAUUGGACGUGCAAUCCAGCUAGUUUUGACAAAAGUGGAUACGACCAACCGACCAUUUGCUCACCCUAUUGGGGUUACCGGAUCAUAGACCCACUUGUCUGGAAAAAGUCCGAAUCUCAUCUCUUCAGCCUCAGCAAACGAUCCCCCGUUCAACGGCAAACUCUUACCUCCAAAUCUCCAAAAAGACCUCCCUCCAUGGAGAUCCUAGCAUCCCGCUACCUCCUCCCUCUCCCCCCUCUCUCCAUCAAAUCGUCGUCAUUCGCCCUCAAAAGCCCUAGCCCUAACCCUAACCCUAACCCCAUCCCAAAGCCAAAACCCGCCUCAAUUUCCUGCUCAGUUAACGCUUCCAAUUACAACGGGUGGGACGAUCUCGAGCUUCUGGAUGGUUCCAGAAGCUCAACCGACUGGUUGAUCUCUUUGGGGCCCGUUGACUCUAAGCUCGCCUUCACUUUCUCUCUAGGGUUCUUCUCGGCAUUAGCGGUCUCCAAGGUUCGCUUCUCUUCGAUGCUUGUUGUUCCGGUUUCAGUUUUGGUUUUCGUUGGUGGGUUUUUGGCGGGAUCGGCUAGGUUUAGGGUUGCUGAUGAGAAAGUCAGGGACUUGGAGAGUUUUCUUGAUGGUUUGAUGAGUGAACUGGAGAAAGGUACCGAGCUGAGUUUUGAUUUUUUAGAUAGAAGCAAAGUUGAGGGUUAUCUCGAGGUGAUCGAGUGUAUGAAGAAGAAUGUGGGGGGUUCGAUUGUUGGUGAGAUUCUAAAUGGGCAUUGGGAUUUUGAUUCGUUUCAAUUUGGAAGGACGAAGAAAAUAAAUACGAAAUCUAGUAAGAAAAGAAAGGAACUCGAUUUUAUUCAGUAUAUUGGUGCAUUGUUUCAAGAGACACCAAAAGUGAAGGAUAAUUCUAAGGGAAACGCAACUGAACAGUUAAAUUCAGUAGCUUCCGGCAGUGAGACUGAAAAUCAAGAGAAUGCUUGGAUUGAAGGGUCGGAAUUAAUGUUUAACAAGAAACCAAGUAAACCGAAGGCAGAGGAGAAAGAUAAGGGUAGGGGUAUUAAGACCGUAGUGAGACUUGAUGAUCCUGUCCAAAAUAUUGAAGAAUCAACGCAUGGUAGAACAUUUUAUCGUUCUAAAGAUAGUGGGUAUGCUAAUGAUAUGCUCUCAUACGAGGAAGAGCUUAAUAAUAUGAAUAGAAGCUCUAGGUUUACUUCAGAGCAACAAAAUUUCAGGAGAAGAGUGUUUAAACAUAACUAUGAACGCCGGUUAAUGCAGAGGGACAUUGGUCACUAUACUAAUUUAGGUAUUGACCAGAGAACAACAGAAAGCAUGGAUUUCUUUACUAAAGAGUCCGAGACAUCUUCGUUAGAUGAAACAUUUGAGUUAUCGGAUAGAACUCAUAAUCCUUCCAAUCGGCAUAGAACUAGAAGCCUGACCAAAGAACCAAUACUCAAAUCCGAAGACCAAUCUGUUGAAGCCACUCAACAACCAGUACAUGGUAGUGAGGAAGGCAAGACACCAUCAACUUCCAAAAUCUCAGCUGAUGAAGAAUUCAGUCGAUAUAUGGAAGAGGCCACAAACCUUCUAAAGAAAGCAAGAGAAUGUUUGAGGCAUCAAACUACUGAGGAGACAACAGAGUCCAUUCUUUAUAAGUCUGCAAAAUUGCUUUCUGCUGCUGAAGCUAUAAGGCCAAUGAGUUUGCUUGCAGUGGGUCAGUUGGGAAAUACUUAUCUUCUUCAUGGAGAGCUUAAAUUGAAGAUUAGUAAGGAAUUGAGAACUCUCCUAUUAAGAAAUGAUGCCUCACUGAAAGGAAAAGGUCGCUCUGUAGAGUCUAAGAAGUUGAACACUUGUGAGUUAAGUAGAGAGGAUGUUGAAACAACCCUUGUUGAAGUGUGUGAAGAAUGUGAAGUGCUUCUUGUUGAAGCGGGACGGAAGUAUAGAACCGCCUUGUCAAUUGAUGGGAAUGAUGUCAGAGCACUUUAUAAUUGGGGUCUUGCUCUCUCCUUCCGUGCUCAAUUGGUUGCAGAUAUUGGACCCGAAGCUGCUCCUGAUGCUGACAAGAUAUAUUUGGCGGCAAUUGAUAAAUUUGAUGCUAUGAUGUCCAGAAGUGACCUUUAUGCAACAGAUGCUCUAUACCGAUGGGGCACAGUGCUGCAGCAGCGAUCUUACCUCCGUCCACGGAACAACAGAGAGAAAGUGAAACUUCUGCAUCAGGCUAAGAGUCUUUUUGAAGAUGUGCUCUCCGUGGAUUCAGAUAAUCUUCAGGUAAGAGAAGCUCUGGUUUCAUGUGUCUCAGAGCUCAGCUAUGAUGACAAGUGGUAGAUAUAGACCUCUAUGGGUCCAGUUAAAAUCCAGAAAUAAGCAGUUUAAAGCUUAUGUAUGAAGGCUGAGGGCUUAAGGGGCGACAGUUUUUAGAGUGUAUAGACCCCAAGUGUUUAUUCUACACAUGCUAAUCAGGGUUCCUGACGCAGUCCCUUACAUGUAUAAUAUUAUAGAGAGGAAGAGAUAAUAAAUGUAAGGCUUUUUUUGUGUAUAUACAGCUUAAAUCACAGGUAUUUGCAAAUUACUUCCCAACU